UAUUUAUCUUCGCGAAAUUUAUGCAUAAUUUGGCUGCGAACUUCUGUAAUUUCAUCUUUUAACCACUAUCUCUUCACCUUCAGCAAUGCAAGAAUACAUCGAUAAACCGUUAGUUCAAUCAUCAAUAGAAUUUCUAAUUGAUGAGAUAAACGAGGGGGGCGAUUACAACCUCUUUGUUUAUUAUGAUGAUUGUGAAGCACAAUGGAAAAGAAAAUUAAAUUCAAAAAGAAUACUUAAUUCAGCUAGUUCAGAUGAUGACGACUUGUGGUUAAAUAGGUUAAAAUUAUCUUUCAUUUUAAGUCGAUUUCAUUUAGCAGCCAUAGCUAGACCUUCUAUACUUGCGUUGGAUAAACUGUAUCUUUCUUCACAUGAUUUUGUUAAAGACUACGCCAAACUAUCAGACUUAAUACAGACGGAGAUCCUUACAUAUAUACACGGAAAGUAUCGUUCAAGUAUUCACUUUAGGUACUUCCGCUUUAAACUAAAUUCAAUAUUUAAAUUAUCCAGUUCAUUUUCGGUUCCUUUGCCUUUAACUUCCUACAAAAGUAAUUAUUCUAGUUUAAUAAAUAACUACAAUCCAACAGUAUUAGACAAAUAUUGCCUAAUUCAUCCUAAUUUAAAUGAUGUUCUGCUUAGAAUUACACAGGACUUAAUGAUUAACUUUAAAUUAGAUAUAAAGAAAAUAAAUGAAAAUGGAUAUGGAAAUAACUAUUUCAGUACAUCUCGGUAUGACAUGAUGAUGGCAGCUGAGCAAGCUAUCGAACCUAUUUUGGAAUAUUUCAGGCCUUCAGUUGGAAAUUUCUCAUUUGAAAGAGAAGAUUACCAUAAUAAUUUGUCAAUACCGAAUUAUACUAUCUGUUUCGAUAAAGAUAAUGUACGACUUAGGAUUCCUAUAGAAUUUAGGAUUAAAGGUAUUAAAAAUGUAAUCGAUCAGGGAAACGGAAAUUCAAUCAAUCAAAUAUUGAUACAAGUGAGUUAUCAAAUGCUUGAAACAGCUUCAGACGUUGCUUUAAUAAUAGAAAACGAGUUUAUAAUUGUCUUAAAGAUAACCCAUGAAAAUUAUAAUAGCAAGAUAAAUGUUUCAAGAAUAGGAAAUGAUCUUGUUUAUCCAAUUAAUUUCGAUUUUGCUAUUUUUGAACAUGGAUCAAGGGUCAGUUUGACAGCAAUCAUGGCAACGAUUAUUAAUAGCCGAAUGGUCAAUAUUGAUCAAGAUAUUAAUGUCAAAAUGGAAAAAUUAAGAUCAUGGGUGCAAAAGGCUGAUGUUGAAAUAAAACGUGAUGAUAAUGAAAGAUAUAAAAUUGUCGAAGACUUCUAUAAAGUAAACUUUAAGAAAUUUAAAUUUAACAAAGUAAAGAAAGAGUAUAAAAACUCUGAAUUUGAAAUCCCUAAAGCUUAUCAUAUUCGCCUUCGUAACUUGGAAAAUUCUUAUAGAACUAUUCCAGAACGUCAAUUUAAAAUUGUAUUAAUUCUCCAAGAUGUUACAGAGAAGACGAGGGAUCAAUUUAAUUCUCAAGUCGUUUUAGUUCGCUAUAUUGGUCCUGGAGUAAAUCACAAUAAGUUAUUUGUUCUCAAGGUUUAUAAUCCUGUUUUUAGAAGGAGUUCAGAAUCAUCUUGUCAAAAUGAAUUAAAUAAAGCAUUAGUAUUUGCAUUAACCAUGCAUCAGAGAGAAAUUGAUGCUUUUAAAAUCUUGACAAAGGAAAACCCUCAAGGAAUAUCCAUGUUAGUUCCAAACAGUACUGAACAUAACAAUGGAUAUAUACCAUAUAUCUUAGAUUAUGGAUAUUUAAAGUGGAAAAGUCCACUUAUUGGAUAUUAUAUUUUAGAGCAAUACCUUGCAGAAGAUACAUCAAGGAUAACCAAAGACGAAGCUUGGAUAUUGGCUGAAAGGGCCCUUAAAUACCUCCAUAAUAAAGGGUUAUUACAUGGAAAUAUUAAAAGAUCCCAUAUAAUUUAUGCUAAUGGUCAAAUCUAUUUUAUAGAUUUUGGUCAAUGUAGAUUAUCCAAGUUUAGCUAUGAUGAAUAUAAUAUUGACUUCGAAUUGGCUAAGAAAUUCGAAAUGGAUACAUUGAAGAGAAUAAUCGAUAAUGAAUGGUAGUUGUCUAGUUAAAUCCUAUAAAAUUAAAUUCAAUAAACUUGUAAAAUCAUUGAACCCUUAGGUUGAUUAGAAAUUAUUCUUUAAUAUGAGAGAUAUUGCCAAUAUAAUUCCAAC